CUCCGUGAGUGUGUGUGGGCGAUAUUUUUUUAAUGAAGGCUUACCACGGUUGCCUGUUCUCGUGUACGUGUGUGUGAUCAAUUCGUACUUUUGAUCAGCUAAUUUAUUAUUUAAAGUCUCAGUCCGGGAGCUCCGUGCACUUUUAUCAACGCAAAUCCAAGUGCCUAGUCAUCCCUACUCCUCCCGCUCGCUCGCUCGCACACACGUAUAAAUCUGUCUCCUCCCGUCCCUGUGUCACUCCCUAGCGCUCUGUUUCAAUACAUUUCCACCCAAGCCAGACGAGACAAAAAAGAAAGAAAGAAAAAGCGAAACUGAGCAGUGGACGCACGAAAUACUGUUAGUCUUCCACCUGUUGUGCGAGGGACUGGGCGGACAGUGGUGGGCGCGAGGAGGGCGAGAUAGAAGGCCGAUCAGGGGCACUCCUUGCAUCAGCUGCCCUUACAAGUGGUUCAAGACCGUGCCAAGUGGCUGGUAGUGCGGGGCAGUGGUGGAGAAAGAGGAAGAGAGGAAAGAAGAAGAGCGAGGGCACCAGAUAACAUAUGUGGGGAUACCCGACCCAUUCAUUUAGCCACCUAUCCAUCUUCCCUCAUCACACUCGCUACAGCCUCCGCCCACCCUGCAGAACACUUGUUGCACGCCACAUGUGUACGUGUAUUUGUGUGCGUGUGUGUGCAUGUGCGUCUGUGUACUUUUUUUCAACAAGACUUCGACCACUAUGAGCGCCUUCCUGAAAUCACCGUUCAGGGGAGAAGGGAGUUGUGCCUGUCUGGUGCCUGGCUGGGGGUCCUGCCUGCGACCGAGAGGGAAAAGCACCAGACGAAAACGAAUGAUAAUUUUGCUGCGUGGAGUGAAAGCAGCCAGUUGCACCUGUCUCGCCCACACACGCCACCCUUCCCCAGUCGUACCUGAGCUGAGCAGGUGUACAAGCGUGUCUCCCCCUCUCUGCUCCUUCCUGCUCAUGUCCUCUCCUCCAUCCACCCCUACCGCUGCUCGCGUCAUGGCCAAUGAACAAAACGACCAAACAUACGUGUUUACAUCCAGAAAAAGGGAAAGAAAAAUAAAAGGAGGAUGAACGAAAAAGAAAGGGAAAAUCAUGGUGGUGUAUUUACAGUGCAAUUUAGAUUGAUUAGAUAGUGCAGUAAUGUGCGAGAGCGGCGAGAGAAAGAAAAAAAAAAUACAAGAAUUAUUUCCGUCUCUUGCGUGAUCGGUGGAAAAUGCUGUAGCCAACUGUGCAUAAAGUAAAUGUCGCAAAGAUGUAAGGAGAAAAGAAAUACAAACAGAAUGUUCUCGUCAGAUAAAAAUAUAAACUGCUUGAAAGAUAGCGGACGAUGGAGAAGAUUGGAAAAUGGGGGAAGAAAAUCUGCUGGAGAAAGUGGAGGUCAUGAUUACGAGAGAGAGAGAGAGAGAGAGAGAGAGAGAGAGAGAGAGAGAGAGAGAGAGAGAAUGAAGAAAAACAUUAUCUUGUCAUGGAGAUGAUAAAAAGGUAGCUGAGAUAUGCAAACUCACAAAUGCAUAAACAGAGUACUGAGAAAAAAGAGAGGAAAGGAAAAUUAAUGAAAGAUUCUCGGUAAUAACGAAGAAAAGCAUAAAGGGAGGAAAUCAUACUUCUUUAUUUUCUAUCUCCACUGCCCAGAGCAUCCGUGAUGAGACUGAAGAUGAAAGAUGAAGAUAGACACAAGCAAGAGUAUGAAGAAGAAAAGAAAAGAGGAAUGUAAUCGUGGUCUUCCCUCCUAUGGACUCACUCAAACAUGGAAAAAAAAAAAAAAACUGAAUAAUAGUGGGAAGAAACUGAAAGAUAAGAAGAACGAAAAGAAGAGAGAGAGAGAGAGAGAGAGAAACUCCCCACAAGAAUCCACUGCCACUUGGUUAUACUAAUGCAAACGUGCCAAGAUGAAAAGAAAAAAAAAAAGGAAUAAGACUACAAUUGAAAACGAGAAUGAAAAAGGAGAAAUAAGAAAGGAAAAGGCACUGCCUAUCUAACCCUGUGCCUAACUUCACCAAGACCCACUCAAGCUUAGCAAAAUGAAUGAAGAAAAAAAAAAAAACGACUACAGGAAGAAGCACAAUGUGGCUCUCCUCCCGUCCACCCCUACCCUUCAGCCAUUCAAAGUUGGCGCGUGUUCCCAUACGAGGCUGAGGCCGUGACGUCAGGCCGCAGUCAAAACAUUAAAGAUGGCGAACCUGGCGAGUGGUGGAGUGUACCAGCAAAUGGUGGUGCCCGCGCCCUACCACUUCCCCCAGCCACAACCACAGCCCAUGCCUACCGUGACGCAGGAACCUGAGCCCAAGAAGGAACCCAAGAAGCGUAAAAAACCUACAGAAAAGGCAAAUGGUGAGAAGAAGAAGCCGCGUAUCAUUGGGCAGACAGCUUAUAUGGCUGGGCUCAGACUGGAGCUGGGUUCAGGAGACGGCGGGGAAUGCUCCAGGUGUAACAAGAAGAAGUGUUUCAAGCAUGCAGACGGCAAAAACAAAAACCAACUCUCCAAAAAGACCCCAGAGGACACAGUGCUACAGAUGAAGAAGCACAUGCUCAAGCUGCUGUCCAUGCAUGACUAUACUGUGUUCUGCAAGAAUGACCAGAAAAAUGGACAGGUGGAUGUUGACAUUUCCAAGAUGCACCGUUCCUACCUGGAAGAACAUGAACCACAGGCCUUUGAGCCACCCCCUUCCAAUGAUCCAAAUAGAGAAUACAAACCUAAAGUCAAGCAGUGGCUCUACAGAAAAAUAUACUUAGACGAGUUUAAGAGCUUUGAGUAUGCAGAGUGUAAACGUAAGAUUGGUGACCUCAGACGAAGCAUAGACAGUGUCAUGAUGCAAAAGAAAAAGAAAGCACCCAAGCCCAAGCCGCCUGCUCCUUCUCCACAGCACCAGGUGAUGCCGCAGGACUACAGCAUGAAUAGCCAUAGCCCAAACACUCCUGGUCCCACUGACAUGAGCAGAACAGCCAUGCCAGUUCCCCCAGGUGCUAUUAUUGCCACCACCCCUCACACGCCAGCCAGCAGCACAGCCACAGGAGGCUACCAGCCUAACUUAAUGAACCUGGGUGUGGAGACCACCACCACUCCUGUGUCCUCCAUGGCUGCCAUGGGAGCCACCUCCACAUUGCACAACUCCCUGGCCACCUAUAUGACUCAGCAGGUGCAGCCCAACUUGCUGUUUGGUCUGGGGCAGCAGCAGCAGCCACCCCCUGCACAGCAGCAGCCUCUUAACCUUCAGACCUCCCAUCAAGGUCAGCCCACCAUGCAGGCUCCCCCACACCAGGCCCCAGGUAGUGCAGCACCCCCAACAGCAGCACCUCCCUUACCCCUAAACCUUCACAAUCCAUACUAUGUGUCACUUGGACCCAUGCUUCCCUUGCCCAUGUCUACACCACAACAUAAUCACCAGCAGCAGUUUCAGCAGAACAUGUUGCAGCAACAACAGGGUAUUCCCGGAGGUUUUAACCAGCACACCAUGUAUCAGUGAGGCAGGGCGGUCCCUGGCCCCACCCACUACCACCCGUCCCCUGUGCCAGCACAACACCAGAACCAGUAUUGUCCACACUCACGCUACCAGCACUCCUGGUCCACGUCAGGCCCUGUCGCACCCACCAACACAGUGGCUCCAGCAAGACAGGUCACCUUUCCCCCAGCCUAUGCCUCCUCUCAGUCCCACCAGUGUUACAUCCCAAACUCUGUGCCUCAGGUGGCAUCCUCCCAAAACUUUACCUAUGUACCUUCCUCAGAGGAAGGUACCUCCCUCCCUCAGCCAGUCUACCAGAAUGUAAGCAGCAACAACUCCCCUCAGGCUAACUGCACCUCAGAUAAUCAAAAGGUAUCCCUUGCCUCUGCCACCCUCCCCUCUUCCCUGGGUAUCCCAGGUCCCUCAGGAAACUAUUCUAAGCCUGAGCCUCCCCUUCCUGCCCCACAGCAAACCAUUAUUGUUGUGCCAACUUCAAUGGCUUUACAGAAUAACUAUAUCAUCAAAAACCUGCAGUCCACCCCACAGCCUUCUAUCCCCCAUGGUUUUGUGUCCCCACAAGUAGUGGUGGACAAAAGCCCCCCAGCCCCUUCUCCCCUCACUACCCAAGCUGGAACUGACCCAAAGGGUAAAAUAAUCUACUUACCCUCAUAGUAAAAUACAUAGUACACAUAACUAGACCAACGUUCAGGUACAUAAGAGUACAGUAUGCAGUAUUCUCCAAUAGUAGGUGUAUACUCAUGUAUUUUAUUACAUAAAGAGUGAGUAAUAACACUUUAUUGAGUGCAAUGUGUGGUACAGAGGACAGUGGUUGAACAUUUUUUCAUCCCAUCAAUUUUGUGGGACUAAGGGGCCGACUUAUAUUAACCUCACGUAGAUCCCGGUCAUUGCUUGUGCAGCAACAGCACCAGAAGAUGAUGAGGCACAAGACUACUUUGUCCUGUCAGGCAUUGUCAGACUAGGACCAUGAAACACCACAAGCCUUAUGGGGCUGACUCAUAUUUUUCUGCUAUUGUAAAUAAUACCGAAAAUAAUUAUACAUAUGUUAUAGUUGACGAGUUCCUGGCUAUUUUUUCUUUCCUCAGUAUAUCAUUUUGCAAGAUAUAUUGAAUUACUAUGAGUGGCCGAUUUAGUAAGCUAAUGGGUAUAUUAACUGGCUGAUAUUAAAAGAAGUACAGUAUAUUGUUAAAUGAAGACACUGUUUGGGCUUCCUACAACAGGACCUUCAAAGUCUAGUUUCUGAUGUGGGAAUGUACUUCAGAUGUGGUGAGAGAACACACAUGUCCAUAUAUCUGUGAUCAACCCCGUUUUUUCCCCCCCUUCUUCCUCAUAGUGUGUAUUGGAUUAGACAUCUUUCUGUUCAGAAAGUGAAUUCCAUAAUUGUGAUUUUACAAGACUAUGCAUAAUAUUAUUUACUUCUUUUCCUUACAUUAUUAAUGCGUUUUAUGUACAUUAUUAUUAUUAUUAUGAUUAUUAUUAUUUUUAUUAUCUAAUAUUGUUUUUAAGUUACAUUUCUUUAUUAGAAUUAUACAAUUUGGAAGAGUAGAAAGUUUAGCCAAUGUCCGAUAUCAUUGGAUAUAUUUGUGUUUGCAUUGAGCGUGUGAUGAGCACGGUGUGAGAUACUUGAUAUGCCCUGGUUAGUGGGAUUGUAUACUUCCUCCUUAACUGGUUUAUUGUACAUAUACUUAUAUGCAGAAUAUAAAGCUCUUAAAUUAAAUCUGUAACAUAACACAUUUCUAGAACAAGCUCUCUUACUGGUACAUAUAAGAGUUUUGAUAAGGGCAUAGAAAUAUAUUUUUAUCAUGGUUGUACCAUAAAAGCGUAGAGGCAUCCCCUGUAGUUGACUCUUGAACCAAAAUUCACAUCUAUAACUAAAGUUUCAUUAAGUAGCAUAAUUGUUUUCUACUUGAUUCAAUAUACAUUAGCCCAUUGGGUAAGGAGCAAAGCACCCCACAUUUCCAAGUCUCUUUGCUGCUACAAGGGACUUUUCCUCAACCACCAGUCUUGUACCUCAUUCCUGGGCAUUAUUGUGAACUCAUGUAUGUGAGGAUGCUACUGCAACACACACACACACACACACACACACACACACACACACACACACACACACACACACACACACACACACACACACACCAUUCAUAUAUGAAGGUGCAGCUACAACAUACACACACACAAGGUGCCAUUCAUGUGGGAGAGGAAUGCAGCUAUGGUUAAACACACUUGAUACAUGUAGUACCAUUCAAGAUAUGUGACAGUUUUGCUGUAGUUUUCUUCACUGAGAAGCAGCAUCUUAGUUAUGCUUGUAUAUUUUAUAUUAGGGCAUUAUUCCUGUCACGAUUUACUUUAAAUCCCGAGUGUCAAUUAUUACAGUUCAGUAUGGAUGAGAUGUGGCCUAUUUUAUUAUAAAAAUCUUUCAUCUUUGGCAUGUUUUCUAUUUUGCUAAAUCAACAUCACUAUACCUGCAUUAGCUAUAGCAAGCAGAGUCAUGAUGUAUAUUUAUUAUGUGUUUUCAAAAUAACAGCUUCUGUUACUGUACACUUUUCAUGAUAUUUUUACCCAUUAUUUGACUAAUUAUAGUAUAUAUAUUAUUCAAAAGGUACUACUUAAUCAUAAUGUGAGAGCUACAUGUUAUAGCAGAGCAUUUUGAUAUACAUAGGCAGCCUAUCAUACUGUAUGAGUAUUUUGGAUACAUUAGGUAGGUACUUUUUGAAGCACAAUGCUCACUUAUACGCAUUAUCCUUAACAUCUUGGGAGCUCGAGGUCAGUGGGGCCAAGACUACUUAGGUUUUUGUUGGUAAUCAAGUGAAUAUUUGUAUAUUUUCAGUUUGUAUACAUAUAGAUGAACAAAAAUAUUAGAAGGGUGUAGGUCCUGGGCUGUUAAGUGAGAGAGAGAGAGUGAGUGUGUGUGUGUGUGUGUGUGUGUGUGUGUGUGUGUGUGUGUGUGUGUGUGUGUGUGUGUGUGUGUGUGUGUGUGUGUGUAUUUUUUGUGAACUUGGAUGUGCCAAAUGUAUAGUGACAAAUGCAUCAUCUUCUUAUGAAGGUUCAGCAUGCAACAUAAUUUCCUAUUUCUAAUUUUCCCCUCCAGAAACAGGUGCACUGUUAAAGUCUUGGUAGUUUAGACUAGACAAACUGUUGAUUAAGCUACAUGAGUGUAGAUCUUUAUUUACUGGUAUUAUUAAUUGCUUUGUAAUUAUGGAUCAAAGGGAUUACCAAUGCAGGUUGUAUGAAAUCCAGAUGCAGUGGAUGCUUUGCCUUAAGGUGGGUUCACACAUGCCGAUUUGUGAAUGAAAUUUUACAUACAUAGAGUUUCUGGCUCAUCCCUUCUAGUCAGAAAGUGUCACACAUAGCGCCUGGAAAGUAUUGACUAGUUGGUGCCUUGGCGGGAAGUGAAUGUAGACAAACAGCUACCCUCCAAGAUAUCUUCCUCCAGUGACAAUGCUGAAGCUGUGGUUGCUCUUCUUUUGGUAUAUUGGAAGAGUCAACAGAAAA